UAUAAUUUGGUGGAACUACCGUACCAAAUUUGAUUUUAGUUGGAUUAUAAAUGUUUCAAACAGAAUUAGCCCCAAAACCGAGAUAUCCUAGCCAAGGUGACAUACAUAUAUUAUCCACUCGUAUGCAGAACCAAUUUAACAAAUCCUAAACUAAACUGGGCAUUAACCGAACCGGAUCAGGCAGACUUAAACCAAAACAAAGAACAAGCACACGUAGCAUGAGGCAAAAUUAAGCACAUGCUUUGCUUUACUUCAAAACAAGAACCAGCUGUUCACAGCUAAAACUACACAAGAGUCACAAACGGCGAACUAUACUCCAAAAAGACUAAGACUUGCCUCCCUUAUAUAAAACCCCCCCAACACAUAAGGUCCCAAUGAACGAUUUCAAUUCUCCAUCUUAUUGACACAUAAACAUGGACCGGUCCACUUUGAUCUUAUCCCUACUCUUCACACUCACCGUCUCGACCAGGACCCUCUUCUCUCCGGUUUUCUGCGGAACUUUCGACACAGAAUUCGAUAUCACUUGGGGUGAUGGUCGUGGAAAGGUCCUUAACAACGGAGAGCUUCUCACUCUUUCCCUCGACAGAGCCUCCGGCUCUGGUUUUCAAACCAAGAAAGAGUAUUUAUUUGGGAAAAUCGAUAUGCAGCUCAAACUCGUCCCCGGGAACUCCGCCGGAACUGUCACCGCCUACUACUUGAAGUCGAAAGGUGAUACGUGGGACGAAAUCGAUUUCGAGUUUCUUGGUAAUCUAACUGGUGAUCCGUAUACCAUGCAUACGAAUGUGUAUACUCAAGGCAAAGGUGAUAGAGAACAACAAUUCCAUCUUUGGUUCGAUCCAACCGCUGAUUUCCACACUUACUCUGUUUUAUGGAACCCUCAUCACAUCGUUUUCAUGGUUGAUGAUAUUCCGGUAAGAGAAUUCAAGAAUCUACAACAUAUGGGUAUUCUGUAUCCAAAAUUGCAGCCGAUGAGGCUAUACUCGAGCCUAUGGAACGCGGACCAGUGGGCUACAAGGGGAGGUCUUGUUAAGACUGACUGGUCCAAGGCACCAUUCACCGCUUCUUACAGGAACUUUAGAGCGGAUGCAUGUGUUUCCUCGGGCGGAAGAUCAUCUUGUCCUGCCGGUUCACCUAGAUGGUUCUCUCAAAGGCUUGAUCUAACAGCAGCAGAUAAGAUGAGAGUGGUGCAGAGGAAGUACAUGGUCUAUAACUAUUGUACAGACACCAAAAGGUUUCCUCAAGGAUUUCCAAAGGAGUGUAGACACUAGCUACGGGAAUUAAUGUUUGAUCCGAAACUCCAAAGCUAGUAGUAUGUAGAUUCGUCCAAAUUAUAUAUGUAAUGUUUAUGUUUAUUUAGGUUCUGUAUUAAGCAAUUUCCCCUGUUUCUGUGUAGAUAUUGUCAUAAUAAAAUGGGCGUGUGUUAGAUUAUGGCUUUGUAUAUCUUCAUGAACAGUAACCUUGUCGGAUUGUGUCCAACAAGCAAAUUCGUCAGUAAAUCUUAUAGAAAAUUUGGAUAGUUUUCAUAGCCAUUGAUGAUGUGUCGUUUUUUUCUAUAAAAACAUUUGUAGGCCCUAUGAGUGUUUUGACUAUGAUUGACUGAGAUUUUAUUGUUUUUUGGCAUAUGGACUGACUUAGAUUUAUCAACCUGGAAAUGAAUGUUCUGGUUUUUGUUUUAUUAUUAUGCAAAGAAUAUGCAUGACAGUUCUUACAUAUGCGGUUGACAUGUCCGUUCCAUAUUUUAAA